CAUGCUUGGCGCGUUAUGUGGACCUAUUUUAAAACAAGCGCUAAACUGCGGUAAGAGUAUUAGACCGCUUACACAAGUUCACGUGGGAAAACUGUGGAAGAUGUCAUAUUCAGCUGAACACCCCGGUGAAUUUACGUACAUUGCGUUUCCUGACAAACCAGCUUACUUGUCGAAACUAAAUCGAAACGGCACGAGACUCGAUGAACUAGUGCCAAGCAAUGCCAGUGAAAUCGCAAGUGGUGUUCAUGGGAAUUACACACUACUUGUCAUUCAACCCCAAGUUCCGAAAGAAAACAAGCUGACAAAAUACAUUCAGACUGGAACUAUAUCCCAAAGAAUAAUUCGAGAUCUUCCCGAUUUCCCUGGCGGUUUUUCUCUGUGUUAUUCAACUGUAUCCGGUGUUGUUGAACGAGGGGUAUGUGUGUAUUUCAAGGACGAGGACCGGAACGACACCAUUCCAAAAAUAAAACGUAUUCUGAAUGAGCAUAACAUCAGCAGCUACUUUAAAUUGAUUAAUAACGGAAACGGAAAAUUCAUAAGAACUAAACAUGAUGUUACAAAUGGAGAUAUUGUUGAUGAAGCAGAGUAUUGUCUGACUGAAAGCAUAACUCAAUCAGCCAUCUUUACUGUACCGGAUUUCACACCUGUCUUCCAUGAUUAUGCAAGAACCAGAUUGAUUUUACAAAAGACAUUAGCUGUGCCAGAGGUGGCGGAGCUCCUGAAUAUUGCUGACUGUUUGUUACUACAAGACUUAAAUGUCCAGCAGCUAGAGGAAAACAUGAAAUAUCCAUUUGUUGUGGUUGAAGGCAUGGAUGCCACAGGGAAGACAACUCUCACAAAGAUUCUGAAAGACAGACUUACAGCUGUGCGAUUUUACACGCCUCCACCACCAAUUGAACAUCUGCGUAAAGUCUUCGACCGUUUACCAGAGCUAGUCCGUAGAGCUUACUACAGUAUUGGUAACUACAUCGUUGCUAUGGAAAUCUCCAAGGAGUGUAAGGAACGAGCAGUUGUUAUGGACAGGUACUGGCACAGUACAGCAGCCUACGGGAUCGCUAACGAGAGUAGUGCAGGUGACCUACCUGGGAGAGGUCACUCGGUGUACCAGUGGCCGACGGAUUUACUACGACCAACUGCUGUGCUGUUCCUGACAGUUGGAGAAGAGAUACGGAAACAGAGGCUCCAAGGGCGUGGGAUAGAGAAAACAUUUGAGGAACGAAGCCUGGACAAGGACCAGCUGUUCAGGCAAAGAUUGUGCGAUUCCUAUCGACAAAUGGAGAACCCAAGCCUUGUAGAAGUUGAUGCCAGUGGGACAGUGGAGGAGGUAGUCAAGAGUGCCAUUGACAAACUGGCCAACUGUGGGGUUCAUAUCCCUAAUGAUACAAUUGAGUAAUGCAAGGAACUAUGGGGUUCAACCAUAAAUUAUUCCUCUAAACAGUAUUUGUACAAACAACAAUCACUAAAAUAUCAACAAUAACAAUUACCGACUAGAAAUUGUCAUGGGCAAUUUGACGGGCUUUUCACACCUUUGACACCUUUAAGGGAGCAUUUACCUUGAAUGUAGGUCAAAUCAUUUUUUUAAACAAACUUGUUGAGCCGUCAUUAAACAUGCUACAAACCAAAUAUCAAGUCUCUGGGCCUCUUGGCUGUUCAGAAGUAAUUCAAGAUUUUAGCCUGUUUUACCCCUGUGGCCAUGAAUUUAGGUCAAGGUCAUUUAUUAGAACAAACUUGAUAGCUCUCUAUCCAAGCAUGCUACAGGCCCAAUAUCAAGUCUCUAGGCCUCUUUGAGAAGAUGUCGUUUAAAGAGUUAUCAGUGAUUGUGCAAUCAUGAAUUUUUUUUAAAUGGCGUACCACCUGAACAGGAAGUGCUAUUGAAAGGUACUUAAAUCAUCAGAACGACAUACAUCAUCGAUCGUUCACUUGGUUGAUUUAAUCAAUAGCUUUAUUUGUUGAUGUCUAACAAUGCUUAUGGGGUGGGGAUCUCCAUUUCUUCAAAGAUAUAACCCAGAAACGAAGUCCAGACUCAGCAUGAUUUUGGCCUAUUUUUUGGGCCUUAGAGGAGUGGUCCAAUACGGGAAAUUGAGGUGAUGAAAUUUGGUCAAGAGCAUUAUUUGGCAUGUUGUAUGUUGUAUAAGUGAAGGAUGUGGCACUCUUUUGGUGGGAGAAAUGAGGCCCAAUAGGGGAAAUAUUCCAAAAAAAGAUUUUUUAAAUACUUUCAAGAAUGACAGGAUUUACUCCACCUGUAGUUUGAACCUUUGUUGGGAGAGGCA